GGGGAAGGUGGCCCAGACCGCCUGCAUGUCAGCCUGCAAGCACCUGUCCACGUCACUGCUGCACCUGCUGCUGGAGGCCGAGGUGAGGCACCUGAGCCUGGGGGCCCUGCACCAAUUCAACCUGGACGUGGAGGAGUGCGAACAGUUUGCCAGAUCCGGCCCAGUGCCUGGGUUCCAAGGGGACACGCUGCAGUUGGCCUUCAUCGACUUGAGACAACUCCUGGAUCUGUUCAUCCAGUGGGAUUGGUCGACCUAUUUGGCCGAUUAUGGACAGCCCACGUGCAAGUACCUUCGUGUGAACCCCACCACAGCCCUGAUCCUGCUGGAAAAGAUGCGGGACACCAGCAGGAAAAACAACGUUUUCGCCCAAUUCCGGAAAAACGAGCGGGACAAGCAGAAGUUGAUCGACACCGUGGCCAAGCAGCUGCGUGGCCUCAUCAGCAGCCACCACUCCUGAAGGGCUCGGGAUCCCCUUCCCCCAGCCAGGACUUCGGGAAUCUCGUUGGGAGAGAAGAUUUGUAUUUUUUUAUUCGCCUGGAACGUUCUCCGCGGAGCCUCCCCCCGACGGAAAAACGCUCCCGGUGGGAACAAUCCCGGGAAAAGAGGUGG